UCAAAAAAAAAAAAAAAAAAAAGAAAAGUUGCAGGAGUGCAAGGAACUCCUGAGUACCCUCUUCUCAGAUGUGCAAGUGGUUUAUGUUUUGCCUCCUUCUAUUCUCUCUCCACCCACAUACAAACUCACAUGCACACAGACAUAUACAUUUUUUCUGAACCAUUUGAGAGUAAGCUGAAGAUAUCGUGCCUUUUUAUUUGCUCUCUGUACUUCGGUGUAUAUUUCCUAAGAACAAGGACCUUCUCGCAUAUAACCAUGGUACGAUAGCAAAGUCAGAUUGCUAGACAGUCCAUAUUCGACUUGCAGUCGUCCACAUAAUGUCCUUUAUAGCUAGGUAUUUUUGGGGAAGGAGUUGUGCAGUGUAGGGGUUCUUUCAAAAAAGCUGUAGUCUAAUUUUCUACCUCAUGAGCCUUUUUAAGAAAAAAUGUUUCUAAAAGUUAGAAUGCUUUGUUGUGGAAAUUUUGGAAACUGCAGAAAAUUAAAAGAAGGAGAAAAUAAAAACCAUUCAUAAUUCCAGUUCAGAGGCUGAGUAAUCAACCAGAAAGGUGGUGGGAAGACUUUCUCAGCUCCUUCAGCUCUGGUGACCUGGCCACGCAGUCCCGUGGUCCCUCUACCACCCACACACCAGGCAGGAGCCCCGCAGCGGAGUCCUGGGGCUGUGGGAGGAGCUGGCCCUGUCUGGAGCUGACGGUCUUUCAUGCUUCUGCCCACCCCUUGGGCAGGUGCCCACCGAGCAGGCGGACUUAACCAGCCUUGGUGGUGCCUUUGUGGUGCAUAUCCUCCGGGUGGGGAAGGGUGGAGAUUGUUAAUAAAUAUCCAGAACUUGUUUGAGACUUGAAAAGAAAUGUUGCAGGCCCACUCUUGUCUGGUCUAUACCCCUUGCUUCCUGGACUUGGCAGAGGUUAAGGAUGGGGCCUGGAGCCCGAUUGAGGGAAACAGCACUGGCCCCGUGUCAGUGACCUCUUGGGUGCUUCAUGCGGUUGCUAGACUUGCCUUUUAAUAAGCCUCUUGGCCCCUACCAGUGGGCUACAGAAGAAAUAAAAUGUGAAAUUUUACCAUGUGAAGUUUGCUGUUUUUGCUGAUGACUGUGCGUCUCAUAAGUUCCUAGGGCAAGGUUUUAAAACUGGUGCAGAUAGUGAAGUUUGGAUCUCACGUCUCUGCUUUGUCUGCUUAGGCGGUCCCUUCGUCAUAACAGCUGUAAGAGUGGCUCUCCCAUUUCCUCACCCAGGAGGAGUCUUUGCUAAGUGAGUCUGGUGUCUGGAAGGAUUUUGUUCUUAGAAGCUACUACGUCAUUGUCCUCAGCUCCCCAUCAUUUGUACCUCAGUUUCCCUGAGCUGUAGGUCUACGUUAUGUGUGAAAAUGGGCCUCUGAAGGUCAUGAUCAAAAGCCUUGAGUAUUUUUCCAUGUGUUUGUUUUUUCUGCUCCGGCCCCAGACCCUCUCCUUGAAGGAGCUGGCCUUGAGAGUGACUUCGGUGGGCAGCCGCCCAGACUCCACACACCCCGCUGAGUCCACGUAACGCCCAACCUGGACAGGCCAGAGCUGAAGGGCUACUCUUCAAAGAAACCCUUUGAAGUGCAAACAUUUCCUUUCCUGAAAAGAAGGGAAAUUGAAAUGAAAACGUAUUGUUCUGUGCGGACAAUGUUCUCUUCGAUCAAAGAGGGAGUGGGGCUUAUAAAGGGAGAUGCACAAAUUAGAGCUUGAUGUGGCCAGCGGUGUGGACGUGAAUAUUCAUCCCUGUGGAGGAAAAUAGUGGGGUCUCUGACAUUCGAUUCUGAAACCUUCCUUGUAUCCGUCCUGACACUUCUUUGCUGCAAGAUCGAGGCUGUCCUCUGGUGAGAAGGUGUUGAGGCUUCACGUCGUAUUCCAGCUCUGAACAGCAACAUGGGGUGCAAAGUCCUGCUCAACAUUGGCCAGCAGAUGCUGCGGCGGAAGGUGGUGGACUGUAGCCGGGAGGAGACGCGGCUGUCUCGCUGCUUGAACACUUUUGACCUGGUGGCCCUCGGGGUGGGCAGCACGCUGGGUGCUGGCGUCUAUGUCCUGGCUGGAGCUGUGGCCCGUGAGAAUGCAGGCCCUGCCAUUGUCAUCUCCUUCCUGAUUGCUGCGCUGGCCUCGGUGCUGGCUGGCCUGUGCUACGGCGAGUUUGGUGCUCGGGUCCCCAAGACGGGCUCAGCUUACCUCUACAGCUAUGUCACCGUUGGAGAACUCUGGGCCUUCAUCACCGGCUGGAACUUAAUCCUCUCCUACAUCAUCGGUACUUCAAGCGUAGCGAGGGCCUGGAGCGCCACCUUCGACGAGCUGAUAGGCAGACCCAUCGGGGAGUUCUCACGGACACACAUGGCUCUGAACGCCCCCGGCGUGCUGGCCGAAAACCCUGACAUAUUCGCGGUGAUCAUAAUUCUCAUCUUGACAGGACUUUUAACUCUUGGUGUGAAAGAGUCAGCCAUGGUCAACAAAAUAUUCACUUGUGUCAACGUCCUGGUCCUGGGCUUCAUUAUGGUGUCAGGAUUUGUGAAAGGGUCGGUUAAAAACUGGCAGCUCACGGAGGAAGAUUUUGGGAACACGUCAGGCCGUCUCUGUUUGAACAAUGACACAAAAGAAGGGAAGCCCGGUGUUGGUGGAUUCAUGCCCUUCGGGUUCUCUGGUGUCCUGUCGGGGGCAGCGACUUGCUUCUAUGCCUUCGUGGGCUUUGACUGCAUCGCCACCACAGGUGAAGAGGUGAAGAACCCGCAGAAGGCCAUCCCUGUGGGGAUCGUGGCAUCCCUCCUGAUCUGCUUCAUCGCCUACUUCGGGGUGUCGGCCGCCCUCACGCUCAUGAUGCCCUACUUCUGCCUGGACAAUAACAGCCCCCUGCCCGAUGCCUUUAAGCACGUGGGCUGGGAAGGCGCCAAGUACGCAGUGGCCGUGGGCUCCCUCUGCGCUCUUUCUGCCAGCCUUCUAGGUUCCAUGUUUCCCAUGCCUCGGGUUAUCUAUGCCAUGGCUGAGGAUGGACUGCUAUUUAAAUUCUUGGCUAAGGUCAAUGAUAGGACCAAAACACCAAUAAUCGCCACACUAGCCUCGGGUGCCAUUGCUGCUGUGAUGGCCUUCCUCUUUGAUCUGAAGGACUUGGUGGACCUCAUGUCCAUUGGCACUCUCCUGGCUUACUCGUUGGUGGCUGCCUGUGUGUUGGUCUUACGGUAUCAGCCAGAGCAACCUAACCUGGUAUACCAGAUGGCCAGUACUUCUGACGAGUUAGAUCAAGCAGACCAAAAUGAGCUGGCCAGCAGCAAUGAUUCCCAGCUGGGCUUUUUACCAGAGGCAGAGAUGUUCUCUCUGAAAACCAUACUCUCGCCCAAAAACAUGGAGCCUUCCAAAAUCUCCGGGCUCAUUGUGAACAUUUCAACCAGCCUCAUAGCUGUUCUCAUCAUCACCUUCUGCAUUGUGACGGUGCUUGGAAGGGAGGCUCUCACCAAAGGGGCGCUGUGGGCAGUCUUUAUGCUCGCAGGAUCUGCCCUCCUCUGUGCCGUGGUCACGGGCGUCAUCUGGAGGCAGCCCGAGAGCAAGACCAAGCUCUCAUUUAAGGUUCCCUUCCUGCCAGUGCUCCCCGUCCUGAGCAUCUUUGUGAACGUCUAUCUCAUGAUGCAGCUGGACCAGGGCACCUGGGUCCGGUUUGCCGUGUGGAUGCUGAUAGGCUUCAUCAUCUACUUUGGCUACGGCCUGUGGCACAGCGAGGAGGCGUCCCUGGAUGCUGACCAAGCAAGGACUCCUGAUGGCAACUUGGACCAGUGCAAGUGACGCACAGCCCCGCCCCCCGGAAGUGGCAGCAGCUCCGAGGGACGCCCCCAGAGGACCGGGAGGCACCCCCCGCUCCCCACCAGUGCAACAGAAACCACCUGCAUCCACACCCUCACUGCAGCUGAAGGUGCAAUUACUUGAACUGCAGCCCCAACCCACCCUCGGCUCUGCAGCCGGCUCUCCAGGUCCUGGUCACCUCCAGACAGCUGCUUGGCUGGGGCCACUAGGCUGCAGCCGGCCACUGUGUCUCCUCACUUCUCUGAACAAACAGUUCCUCCCCUAUCAGCUCAGCCCGGAUCUGCCACAGCCUCAGGCAGAACGGAGGUCACCUUCUCUCCUUAUCUUGGGAACCAGGCCUUCCUCCCCGGGGACUGUUCUGGGAUUGAAAUUGUGCAUACUCCAAACUUUCGCAGCCAUCUUCCCGCUCAGCCCCAGACACCCAGCAAUCAAGCCAGAUGAGUACCACAAAACAGUGUGUCCCCAGCAGCUCCCCACCCUUAGAGCCAAACGACAGUAGUGCGCUUAAAAAGGAAAAUCAGGCCUGUUGUCCUUCUCCCGUUGCGUUCAGAUGGGUCAUUAGGGCUGGACCUUGCCUGCCCCUCAGCUUCUCAGGGCUUUGCUCUGACACCGUGACUGGCUGGUCAGCGGGGCUGGGGGCAGCUGGUUCCUCUCAAAUGAGGAAGAAGGGAUCGCUCCCAUUAGGGCCUGCUCUGCUUACGCAUGUGUGUGCACAGGUAUGUAAACCAGGGACCUUCCUCAGCUCGUGGCCUCCAGGCCUGGGCCAGUUCUUGCUGCUCCUGCCGUCUUCUCUGACUGGCUGUGUCCUGAGUAACUGGAACAUGAGACUGUAUCUGCAGGACUGGCCUCACGGCGGCCAAGUUAGAAGCGUGUUUCCUGUGCGUCGCCGCCAUUCGCUCAGUCUUACCCUCCCAUGCUUUAGAGCCAGUCUGGUGGCUCUUGGAAAGUUCUCAAGGCUGGUGGCAGCUCAGUGCGGGUUUAGGACAUGUCGGGGGCAUGCGUUUCUGGCCCUGACAUGAGCUGUCUGGAUUCUCUGUGACGUGAUGAAACUGAAAUCAAUCCACAGUCCAUGAAAUUGUGACUCACUCCCCCAGAUUAAGUUAGGGCAUAACAUGAACGUGGAAAUGACCACGUCAUCACCCCUGUGGCUGGCGUAUUGCUGAGAUGUGUGGUUCGUAGGGGAGAUGAUUUCCAGGCAUAUUGCUGUCCCUUUUGUGUAUCUGUCAUCCGGAUGCUUCGUACCCCACGCCUCCACAAGUGGGACAGACCCGAGCAUCCUCCCCGCCCCCAUAGCUACAAUGCACUCCACCCCGGCCUGUCUUACCCAGGUCGGGGCCUGCAGCCAACACCAUUUCACGCACACUCCUUGUAGAUGGAAGCCAGAGGAAAGCUGAACGUGGGGGGAGCAUUCCAUUGAGAGUCGACUUCAGGAGACAGAAGGCCCAUGCUGAUGGGGCAGGGAAAGGGAGGUAGGCAUUUUGGGCGCCAGGGGAAAUGGAAAUGUUGCUUUCAAAACUUGGUUUCCUUUCCAUUUCUUCCUAGUCUGGCCUUUGACACAAAUCUGGUAGAAGCCUGAUAAAUUGAGGGCACUUGUGUCCUCCUGUGCCCCCAGAAGAUUCUCGGAGAGAAGUGCAAGAAUUUGUGAACACGCCAGUGGAGGGCAGGUGGGCAGCCAUGGGCUGGGCCUCCAUAUCAGGCCUGCUCACCUUGCUGGGAGCUUUAUUCUGAUGUCAUUUUGAAUGGUCCAGAGGGAGCAUCAAAAGAGCCCAAAGCUCCGAUUUCCAAAGAGAGGUAUUGACAUUUAUAUAGAUUGGUGCUGUAACAUAUUUUGAUAAAUACUAACUUAUUUUGUUGGGGUUUUGGUUGUCUCUUGUCUUAGGACCUGGUAGUUAUUUGCUUGAUUUUUUUUUUUCCGUUAUUUUCUACAUAAGCAAAGAGAACUCGAGGGAUAGACAGUCUCCAAGAAAAGUGAAGUGGUAGGAGAGAAUUGCUUUUUUUUGUUUUUUCUUUUUCUCUAGUUUUUCUUUCUGGCUGAAAUUUCUGUGAAGAUAGCACCCAAUAGACUAUGUAGAGUUGACAUUUGACAUUUCAGUGGGCGCCGUGAAUCAUUCUGUAGAUUGAGAAGGUGUGUCUCCCCUGCUCCGUCUCAUGAGGGCUCACUGACAGCUGGGAGUCUGUGGCCUUCCUCACACAGAGGCCUUAAAGCUCGAUGCGGAAGCACGCCUAGGCUCGGCAGGGAUGGGACCCCCCCGCGCCCCCUCCUUAGAGGACGGGCUUCCUGGUUAGGAAAGGACACGUGGAGGUGCCUUGCAUAAUAGUUCACUGGUCACUGUGCUUUUAUGAGUAGUUUUUUGUGCAGUUGCCAGGGGGUUUCUCUGCUGUGUGCGAGGGGAGUAAUUUAAGCAAUGGUGUCUGGAGUAAGCCUCACAAUUUUAAUAGACUUUUUUCUUAUCACAUCCCUCAGUUCUUUCCCUGAAAUAAAAAUACAAGCAAACACAUUGAUAGUUUCACAUCUCUUAGUUCCCUUGCCCAGACAAGAAUAUUCUUAGUUCCGCUGGCCAGGAUUUUCCUACAUAGUCAGAACUUACACAUUACUAGAGGCACACCCGCUAAGGGAGUAUUGUGUCUACUUUUAUCUGUGCACCAGCCACAAAUAAAUACCCUCAUUGGAAAGACCCAUUUGUGAUGGGUAAACAUCCCUUCCUGUCUGUCACAACCCCCGUGACUGCCCUGCAUGUGUUCAUGACCUCUGAAGGCCCAAAUUCAUGAAGCAGUAAACCCAGCAGAUCCCCAGCCCGCCUGCCUCAGGACCUCUGCUGAAGACAGGGAUGAAGAGGGUCUCCAGGGAGGCAGCAGGGGCCUUGCUGGCAGCUGGCUCAGGAGCCGGCUUACAGGAGGGCAGCUCUGCAGUGGGGAGGAGCGCCGUCCGGAGGAGACCAGGCCUCUGCAUGCCCCCCACUCUGCUUACCAUCCCUGCUCACACCCCCUUGGCCAAGGCUUUGUGCAGCAGAUUUAAUUUUCCAAAUGAAGAGGACAGAGUGAUAGAUGCAUUUUCCCCAGGCUGUCUCGGAAAGGUCGCUAAAUGUAUACUGUUAGAAUUGCUGAGAUCUCCCCCCACUUUUGGUUUUUGCAGCAGCAAAAACUCUCUCUCCACUGCAACUUCUUUUAUCUCUCUCAGGCAGCCAGCUCCCUGGUCCCUUGUGCUGACUGUAGUACAGUGGCCAAGAGCUGAUACGAAGUCAGGGGUGACCGCAGGACGGUGGGCUCAGUGGGCUUCUCCACCUACCCCAGUCGCCAAGGCCCUGACGCACUCCCUCCUGCACCGUCAGCACAUCCAUGUGCACAGCUGGAAGGGUGCAUGGCCCGCCUACCUUUGUCCAGACGGGUGGAAAUCUGAUGAUGCCAGCUCCUCCCUGCCGUGCCCCUGCCGCGAGCAGGCAUUGUGAACUGGCUGGUGUUCGCAGUCCCACGUGGGUGUGGUCUGCAGCCCAACCCAUGGUGGAGACUGGAGACAGAGCAAUGAGUCCUGGUGGGGGGCACGUGGACAUGCCCCACAGGGGCCUCACUCAGGCUUAUAGGCAAGGUCCUGGGCACUGCGUGACGCAGCACUCACUGCUAAAGCAAGCCCACCUGGCUCUGUGCCAGGGCCCCUCUUCUGAUUCACACGUCACAUUUUUACGCAGACCCUUCCUUCUUAAUAAAAGCUGACAGUUCUGUUGGCACCCAAGAACCCACACCGUGAAGACAGGGAGUGAGGGGCCUUUGUGCCCAAGCCCAGCACAGCUGUGUUCUGGGGUGCGUGAGAGGUAUGUUCGUGUCCGUGCGCUGCUGGUCUUCUGACACAGUUCCGAGGACAGGGAAAUUGCUGGGUGGCGGGGCUGUGGGGCUCGUAUGUGGAACUGCUGCAGAGUUCGCCGGCAGACGGAUCUGGAUAUAUGUUAUGUAUAAUUGUUAUGUGUAAUUUAAGAUAUAUCUGUUUGCCAUCGUCAUAAGAUUAUAUGUAAGACUCUUAAGGGAGAGGGAGAUGUACAUUCUGCCAGGCUCCUGUGGACUUUGUUUGAGUCAUGAAAUUGAUUACUGUUGAUCCAGUGGUGUGAGAAGCUACACUCCAUGUGUCAUCACGCUUAUGACUCCUAAUGGAUUUUUAAGGCAAAAAAUGCCAGCCGACUCCAUCUUCACCCCCCGAUUCCUCGAGUCCAGCCUUUCUGUGCCAGUGCAUCCCUGAGCCACAAUGCUCUCGCCAUCGGGACCCGGCUGGGCCUGGAGUCUCGGGGCACAGUUACCAUGGAGCCCUCCUGGGUCAUUCUACACAUGUGCUGAGUGCCAGCUGAAAGCCCCACAGGAGAUGGAGUGCCUUGGCCAAGCUUAAAGAGAAGAUUUUCUCAGGGUAUUUAUUAGUGUGUCCAGCAGGGUCAGGAAGCAGGGAUGGAAAGAUGCAUUCAGACUGUUAAUUUAUUAACAAGGCAAAUGGUUUUGUGUUUCUUGAUGACAAGCUAUUAAGUUUGGGACUUAUUUUCCCAUUUGAGAAGUUAUAUAUUUAAGAUAAGUUUCCUGCUUAAGUUGUGCCUUUCAGCUUCAACGAGUUUAAGGAGCACUAAGGGUAAUGAUACCAAUGAGGGUUGGUUUAUUAUCAAACCUGAAUAGCUGUGGUUUCUCCGAUAAAUGUUUUCUUCUACUGAA